AUGGAAGUAGACUACUCUGCAAUGUACUCAAACUUCAUAGGAAAGCAAAUAAAGGUGCAGAUAUGCGAUGGAUCUGAAUACAAAGGAACUUCCAUUGCAAUAGAUGUAUACUUGAACAUAUCCUUGGAAUCAGCGGCGUAUUAUAAUACAGCCAAUGAUGCAGUGGUAUAUUACUCAUCAUUGUUCAUCAAAGGCUCAUAUAUAGACCAUAUAGCAUUGGAGAAUCAAUGA